AUGCAUCCAAAAAGCCGAAUCAUCUCUCCCAAGUCAAAUGGAUGGCUGGCACCUCGUAGAAAAACCACAAAACUCUCAGUUCACCCAAGAAAGAAUAUGCUUCUCGAAUCCGGUAAUUGGGGUGAAUGUUCAAGAGGAAACGGAUCUAUGGUAACUUACGAAAGGGCGAGUUGCGAGCAAGAUUGUAUAGUCGAGCAGCUCACGAGACGAUGCGGAUGUGCCCCGUUUUUUGACGAGAAAUCGUACAUAAGAUCAUGUGGUCUUGUGGAGCUCUACAGAUGUAGUCGUCAAGAAAGGUCAUGGAAGAAAUGUGAGUGCCCCAUCGAGUGUGACAGAAUGGAUUAUUCCAGAACAAAAAUCACCUACCUCAACAAAAAGCAAACGUUUAGUAACUACUCGACGAUUGAUAUUUCUAUACGAUCCCGUCGCAUACAAACAGAUGAACAGAUGAAAAGAAUCAAAGCGGUUGAUCUUCUUAGCUACGUCGCUGGCAGCAUGGGUUUGUUCCUUGGCAUGAGCUGCGUGACUCUUCUUGAGGUUUUCAUAUACUUGUUCAAAAGCGUCUGGGGAGUAUUCAAUGAUCAGAGACAUAAGUCUUACUAUCUUGAGAACUUCCUUGGUGAUGAUGGCGAUGAAGAGAAUGAUGUUCCCGAUGAAGAGAUAGUCAUUAAAACCAGGAGCGACAUGGCUGGAGUACACCAACCUGUUGCUUUUGAUGCCGUUGACCAUGAGUCUCCUGCUCCUUCUCAUCACGAUCACUUCCGUUCUCGUGUGAAGAUACAAAUCGUCCACCAUCCAUUUGAACGCCGAAGAUCUUCGUUUGCCAUACACUAG